AACAAUUUUGCUUUGCAAAUUGGGUACUGAGGUAAUACUGGAAGAAAACUGUAACUGGAUAGAACGAACGCAUGAAUCAUUGCUUGAGGCAGGAAAAACAUUGGGUGCAUCUCCAUACCCUCAGGGCCCAACUCCUUCACUUAUAGUCCCUCCUAUUAGAAUUACUGGCUUCAUUUUCAACUAGCAAUCAAGCAGAGAACAUACUUUGCUUAUGCGCAGUUUACUUAUGGAAACAAAAGCAAUCAACAGAAAGUUACAUAUAUAGGGUAAACUGAUGCAAAUUAUUCCUGCGCUGAUCUACUGGCACAUAUUGGUUACCUGUACAAGCAAGCGUGUGGAGUUUUCAGAUUAUUGAUUUAAAAUACCAACAUUUCUUUUAAAAAGCCAAGACCCAGGGAAUGCUGUGAUCCUUAAUCUUUAUCAAAAGUGUCAAAAAUGAGUCUCACUAAAGAGCGUAAACCAAAGAAACCUCACUACAUUCCCCGUCCUGCAGGAAAGCCAUUUAAAUACAAGUGCUUCCAGUGCCCAUUCACUUGCAAUGAGAAAUCACACCUGUUUAACCACAUGAAGUACAGUUUAUGUGAAAACUCUCUCUCAUUAGUGACGGAUCAGGAUCAAACAGGAAAAUGUGUAAAAUCAAGUUCUGAUCUACUCAUUCAGAAUGACUGUGCAUCAAAUGUGAGCCAUGACUCAUCCUUGUCAAACGUUGACCCGGUUCAAAGUCCGAACUGCAGAAAAGCUGAUAAAACUGCAAGCCAUCAGACCAUCAGUAAAGAUAUGAAAGAAAACACCAGAAUGGGUGAUCACACGGUUAUACCAGUUACAAAAGCAAAACAGAAGGAGCCACUUCAGAAAAUUCUUGCAGAAAAUGAAACUGUAGAACAUUUUGAAAAAGAUGAACGACCAUCAGCUUUCUUGCCUGUUGGGGACUUGAAACUCACCAAAAGCUCCGACAAAGACAAUGAAAAGACAAAUUUUAUUCUGGAAAAUUCAAACAAGGCGUCCACCAUCCCAAUGAAGUCAGCAUUUUACAGUCCUGCUGACCAACAUGGAACAUGUUCUCCUUCAAAUUCACCAGAGCAUCCCAGGAAAUAUGCUGCAAAUAAAUAUUUUGGUUCAAUUCCUCCAAACACCUCACCAUUAAUUCCAGAUUAUACACAUCAUUAUUACAAUCAACGUGGUUUAGUCUUUUCACCCUAUCUCCUCUCGGGGAAACCUUUUGAAGGCGGCAGCCCAGAUAUUUCACUCUAUUUCUCUCCUGAACAGCAAUAUUUCUCACCGCCUCAUCUACAAAAUAGAGGCAUGAAUUUGCCAAGACACAUUAGCCAAUCAGCAUUAGAGCAAUACAAAAUUCUGCAUCAUUUUCAUUCAAAUCAUCCCAUUCCUUAUGGUGUCCAUCAUCGCAGUCCAACUGAAUAUGACCUUCCUCCAUUUGGUCUGAAGUCUCAGCAAGGAAAUAAUUCCAACAGGAAUCAAGAGACACACCUGUCAGUCGGGAAUCCUUCACUGUACGAAACUUCACCACCACCAGAAUUGUACUUCCAGAAUUCACACAGAAGACUUCAUUGUGACUGGGAGAACCCUGUCCCAAUGUCCUUAUCAAAAGAUAAUGUGACAAAAACAUUGGGCAUGAGUAGCAAUCUAUGCACAGGGGGAAAAAGUACAAAAAUAAGCCCAAAGUCAGGAAGUGCAGCAAUUGGUUCACCAGGUCGCCCUAGCCCAACACCACAUGUUCAUAAAGCCAUAGUCUCAGAAACUUGCGUCAAAUCACCCAAGUUUGCUUCAACCCCAAAUAAUAAAAAUAAAAGGGUGGAUGAAGGCUUCACACCCUUUAGACCAAUCAGAAGUGCCACAAAUCUCCAAGCAAGUGAAAUCCACGUACAACAUGAACUACCAGAAAGUCAAGGAAUCAUCAGAAUCCGAGCACCCAAUGAGGGUACAACGUCUUCAAAUGUCACCAUUUUGGAUUACUACCAUGGCAAUGCUCUGGUACCGAAUGACACAAGUUUAGCUGCCAUGAUACCGUUAAACCUUUCCAAAAAGGAUAAAGCAAAAUCGGAACCUGACAAACAGCAUGGAACUACAAAUAAAAUUCUCCGGCAGGAUUCAAGCGAAGAUACAUCUGAUGCCAAUCAUUCCCUUCCGGUUAGAGAGUUUGAAACUUGCACAAAGGUGCAGGAUGUACCUUUAAAUCUUUCAAUUAAAGCUCAUCACAAUUAUGAGUGGAACACAGCUGAAGAUUCUGUUCCAUUAGACGUCGACAUCAAUUUACAAGAUUUAAGAGUACCAGCAAAAACCUUAAAUGGCAACAGGUUUCUCCAUUCAGACUUAAAUAUUCAUUCUGCAGAAGACCAUAAUACAGGCAAAGAUUGCCACAAAACAAAUCAAUGUAAAAAUCAGAAAGAAAAAGCUGCUAACUUGCAAACAAUAAAGGUUCCCCAAAGCACUGACAGCAGUAAAGAUGAACUGAAGCAGUCAGCUGCAGUGGCUCUUUGUCAAUUAGCUGUGCGUAACCAAGGAAAACAUAAUGACGAAUGGCCCUUUCUACCACAAGGGGAGCUGGCUUGUAAAAAGGAACCAAGUUAUAAAGAAAAGCACAAAUAUAAUUGUCCGGCAGUUAAAAAAAUAGUGAAACUAAAAUCAAGGUAUCAGAAAAGAUCACACGAAGAAUCAGUUGAAACUCAAUCAGUCACAACACACAUCAAGGUUAAUGACUGUGAUAGAAUAUUCAACCUGAGGAAGAGAACGAAAGUUGCUUAAAACAACAUAUCUUCAACUGAAACCAACAACAAGAUUAAUUAUUAAGCUAUAUAAAGUGGAUGAAAAUUGUUCACAUCAAUGAUCAAUGUGAUCAUUGACGUGAUCAUACAACGUGGGUUUAUUUAAAGUCGUCUUUUACUUUCAUUUCUAUACACUAUAUUCGGUGUUCGCUAAAAGACUGUAGUGACACAGAAAGAGCAUACGAUUAAAAUUAGUGGCUGAUGUACUUUCAGUUUGAAUUGCAUUCUGUAGAAAUGCAUGGUGCUGAUCAGAAGGCAAAUAGACAUGGCAUGGAUAAGAUAAAAAAUAAAGUGAGACAAUAAAGAAGCACCUUAUAUUAUUCUUUGGAGUUCUCUUUUCCUCUUACACAGAUUGAAUUUACCCGUGAAACACUGCUAGAAGUUGCUAAACAAUGAAAACUUCAACAAAUUAUUUUAUUCCUUUUCUGAAAAGUUUGCGAAUUACGAAGUAUUUCUAAUAGAUCAACUGCAGAGUGAACUACUUAAAAAAAUAAUUUAUGAAAGUCAACAACCAUUUCCUCCUGCAUAUACAUAAACCUACUGAUCAUUUGUAAUUGAAUCUUGCGAGUUAAAGCACAUGAUAAUCUGGAUUAUCAAUGACAAAUAUGUACCCGUACCAAGAGGAAGGCAAAACCCUGGCUGCUAACCAAAAGCCCUCUCCAAGGUCACCAGACAUCUUCUGACUUGGCUCAGAUGUAGAUGGCCUACCUUGCCUGCUUGAACUAUAGCAGACUGGGGUUUAGGACAGAGAAGUGGCAGGGCGCUCAUAAGUGCAAUAAAGUAAAUCGUUCAAAUAAUUUUUUGACUUCAUAGCUUGAGGCUUGCAGUCUGCUUUGUCAGACAUCAUCACUAUUAGUUACUAAACACCUCCAACAUUCGGACAUGCAUGUAAAUACUACAAAAAUGUAAACAAUUAAAAAUAAAUUGAAAGAAAAACAUGAAAAAAUUAAAAACAUAAAACAAAACUGAAAUAAUUAUUUAAUAAGAAUUUUUAAAAACAGGUUAUUGUUUCUUUUCUCUUCUUUUUGCAAUCAGUUAACUCCUUUAUGUCCCAAGUUUACUGGCACUUCAAACGCAGGCCAUUAAAUCACUGUAACUUACAAACUUUAACCUCAAGUAUGACAUUCACUCUGAUAAUGGAACCGACACAUCCUAUCUUUGAUAUCCAAAUAGAUCAAUUGCAAAUUGAUCCACUGAAUGUUGUUUAAUUGCACAUACCUGGCGCAAACAAAAGGAUAGUAAAAUACAUAUAUAUAUAUAUACUGUACAGUUGUCUGAGUAAUUGUAAAUUGCUCAGACGUUUGUGAAGGUCAUUGCAAUUAUGUAGUUUGAUUUCUUUUUGUAUUCUUACUUAAAUACUGGGACAUCAAUUCUUGUGGGUUAUUUAAGCAAAAUGUAUUGAGCACAUUAUUUUAGAUAAUAGUAAACUUCUGGUGAUGGAAAUACUCCGUGUGAUGUUCAACCAUUCAUUAUGUUAAAAAUAAUAUGUUUUGGUGCUACUGGAUUAAAGGUAAUUUAUCAUGCAAAAA